AUGCUGCCACUCUGCACUGCGUCAUUGGCCUCAGAAACAUGCGACCUCAGCGCAAAGGUGUUCCGCGACCCACACAUCAAUUUCGCCUUCGGAGGUUCCGCCGACCUCCGCGGACACCACAACGCGCUCUACAACUUCCUGUCUGCGCCCGGCUUCUCCGUCAAUGUAAAGACCGAAGCGGCUGUCUUCAAGAUGCACGGCGGAGCCCUGACCAUCAAUGGCACUUUUCUCACUGAGGCGCACAUCACCACGCAGCUCUCGCCGCAGAAGCUCGCCACCGCGUCAUACUGGGCGUCCGAGCUGGAUCCAAACAACUUUGGCUGGAGCGUGGUCAACGGCACCUGCGUCGGCCGCCCGUUCCGGUUCGGCCUCCACGGCCACAAGGCUUGUUUUGACUUCAAAAUGUCGAUGGACCACUCGAGCGCCACAUUUGAGCUCGGAAAUUGGACCGUCACGGUGCACGGCAGCCGCUCGUGCAAGGGCUGUCUGGUCGCGGGCCCCGAGCACCGUCUAGACAUUGGCUUCACAGCGAGAGGCGACGCGCCGGCCCGCGACAGGCCGCACGGCAUCGUUGGGCAGUCCUAUGCCACGCCGGGGCUCGAGCGGCACGGCAAGAAGGACCUCUACCCUUUUUCAGGCUCCUACACCACCAGCGCCCAAGCCGAGGGCGCCAUUGACGGCACGGCGUCAGAUUAUCAGGUAGCGAGCCCUUACGCGACCGACUUUGCCUUUUCGCGCUUCAACGCCGCCAGGGGCGCCCCCGCGUCUGCGGAAGCCACCGGCGGGGAUCUUGGAAACCGAGCCGAUUUCUUUUGUCUGUACAAGCCAAACCCAGUGCGCCAGUCCCGCCAGCGUUCUCGCCAGCGCAUGCUCCUCGACAACACUGCUCUGGUCACCGGCGCGAAUCGCGGCAUCGGCCUGGCGACUGCAGGCCGGCUCGCGGAGUUGGGUGCGAGCGUCGUCCUCGCCUGCCGUGAUGAGUCCGCGUGCCGCGAGGCGGCUGCUGCCCUCUCGGUCAGAGGCCUGGCCGCCGAGCCGUACGCCGCGAGCUUCGACGCCGAGUGCCCGCGCAGCACGUCGGCGCUCGCCGCCGCGUGUGCAUCCCUCCGCGUCGAUCUCCUGGUCAACAACGCCGCCGUCUGCGAGCCAGGCUGGGGCCGCGAUGUCGCCCUCCGCUCCUUUCGCACCAACGUGCUGGCGCCUGCCACCCUCACCCGCGCGGUGCUUCCCGGCAUGUUGCGGCGACGGCGCGGCGCCGUCCUCCACGUCUCGUCUGGCGACGGCGAGCUCGUCUUCCUCUCGAGCGACCUCGCGCCGCGGCUGGCCGGCGCGGCCUCCGAGCGCGAGCUGCUGCGGCUCCUCGCGCGGCUAAGUCGCGGCCGCGACGGCUUCCGCUUCCCCGACCGGCCGCCCGCCCACGGGCCGACCCCCGCCUACUCUGUCUCCAAGGCGGCGCUCAAUAGGCACACGCGGCUCGUCGGCGACGCGCUGCCGCGCGACGGCGGCGUGUGGGUCGGCGCCGCCUGCCCGGGUGACGUGCGGACGCGCAUGUGCUCCUGCGAGCGUCACGAGGGUGUGGCCUCGCCCGAGAGCGCCGCGGACGACCUCGCCCGGCUCGCCGCUGGCGCGCUCGGCGGGGGAGGCGGCGAGGCGGCGGCGAGGCGGCUCGAGUCGGGACGGUUCUGGAGGGCGGGGAGGACGAUACCAUUUUAG